GCGGGCGGGGGUCCCGGGCCGCUCCGGAGGGAGGGGGUCCCCGGCCGGGCUCCGGCCGUGCGAGGGAGCUGCGGCUCCGAGCGGUGGGGGCUGCGGUCCCGCACACGCGUGGGGUGCGGGCGGUGCGGCCGGGGCCGAGCGCGGCUCCGAGUCACGCCUGGCUUGUCCCGGGGGCUGUCCCGGGGGCUGUCCCGGGGGCUGUCGCGCACACCAGCGGGCUGCGGGCGCGGCGGUGCCCGGGGAUCCCGGGGACGCGGGGGCUGCGGGACCGAGCCGGCUGCGAGCCCCGCGUGGGCUGCGCGCUGAGCGGGGCCGGGGGCUCAGCCUCCCCCCGGCACCCGGACAGGGCCAGCGGGUCCCUUUUCUCCCACCUGGCGCCCUGAGCCGCUUGCCCCCGGCUCGCAGCCACCUCCAGCCUGUAAAUCAUUUGCUUUUACGAUCCCUCCUCUGGCCCAUUAUCACACGAACUUUAUAUGUUUGGGGCUGGUGGUGGCCAUAAAACUGGCCCGGUUUCCGGGGCUGGCAUGCCCGCCUGGCAGGACGGGUGUGAGGAGGAGGAGGAGGAGGCUGGGGGGACGCUGCCCCGGACCCCCCAGGCGGGCAGGUAGGCGGGAGGGGCGCAGCAGAGCCGCGGGGAUGCUCAGCUCAGUGGGGUUGGGAUACGGACUGCUGGCAGCCCUGGAAUCGGGCUGGAGCCGGGAGGGAUGGGAGGGAGUGGGGGGCACUGGGCUAUUCCGGGGGUCCCAGCUCCGGACGUCCAGUCCCUCUGGAGAACCCACAAAGGUUCUCUUCAGCUCCCCUUGGUUCCCACGGGGACAUUUCCAUCCCCCCAGCCAGCGAGCCCAGGUCCCUGUCCGAUCCCUGUGCCUGGGAAUCGCAGCUCUGGGGGUAUUUGGGUCUCGGAGCAGUGCUGGGGGUGCUCCCAACAUCUGUCCUUCUCAGGGUGCUGUGUCUGAGCCCUCAGACCCGGAGCGUCCGGCACAGCCCGUGGCCAGCUGCUCUCAGGCUGUGUCCCCCGGGCUCGGCUCCUCCUCACGGUGUCCCUGCUGCCCCAGCCCGGCUCAGGGAUCUCCUCGUGCCCCCUGAGCUCCAGGAGUCCCGAGGUUUGUGUUCCCUGUUCUGGGCCAGCCCUUUGGCUGCCCUUUAUCUCCCAGCCCCAUCGGCUCCGUGGCUGCAGGACCUUCUGUGGGGUCUCUCCCUUUGGGGCUCCCCGUGGUUCAGCCCCCCAGGACCCUCACGGGGGUCAUUCAAGCCUGAAUGACCGAGUACCGAGCCCAGGUGAGCGGGGAUGGACACCCGGGUGGGAGCAGGGUGGGACCAGCAUCGCUCCCUGGAUGAUCCAUCCCGGCAGGAUCCGGCUCACGGAAGAUGUGGGAAUGCACCGAGGCUGCUCCCUGCUCCUCUCGGCACAGUCCCAGCUGCUCCUCAGGGGGGUGCCGGGGCUUCAGCGGGACCCUGCCAGGCUCGGAGCUCGGUGGCAGCAGGUGACAGGCACGAGAGCUUUGCCUCAGGCCUGUUCCCAUCCCGGCAGGGCGCUCACAGCCCUUCCCCGGGCCAGCCCUGCCCUCCUGGUACUGCUGGGAGAGAAAAGGCUCCCUAAAUCACCCGCGGGUGUCCUGGGUGAGCGACUCCUCACUGGCUGCAUCUCCCCGCACGGGGAAUGGCGUUUUCCCCCGAAAACCCCAAAUCUGAGCGGAUCAGUUGCCUUUUCUUUCCGGAGAGGGGGAUGGGAGAGAAGAGAUCUUGCUUGAACAGUCAAAGUAAGUUGCCUUUGCUUUUCCCCGCUCCUCAAGGUCAGCCUAGCUAAUGAAAAUCAAUCUUUCCUCUGCCUCUCUCUGCUGCAUGAGCAGAUUCUACCUGUGGCCCCUUCACCUACAUGAAAGCGGCGGCUGCCGAGCGUGGGCAGCUCCGGAGGAGUUUCCUCCUGGAACGGCGUUUUCCUGCGGCCCGGCCACCGGGACAGUGUCGGUGUCACGGGGGGAUCGCUCCUGUGAUCCCCCUUCUGGCUCCCGAGGAAGCUGCCUGCACGGGAAUCACGGAUCCCGCAUGGAAAUGUGGGCUGGAAGCGUUGGGGAGGCUGGUGGCCGGGCUCUGGAGGGCAGCGGGUGAUGCCCGUCCCCUGUGUGCAGGAUUUUUAGAUGUGCCCUGAUGCCGCAGGGUCUCCCGGCUCCUGGAAAUGCAGCUCUCUUCCAGCGUGGCUGAACUCAGCUGCGAAGAGACCAUGGACCCACCCGCCGAGGACUUCCAGCAGGUCCUGUCCAUCGACCAAAUCCGCUCCAUCCGCGCCAGCAACAACUACGUGGAGCGGCCGGCGGCGUGCUUCCAGCAAACCCGCUCCAACCCCGCGCUCUCGCAGCCCCCGCACAAGCAGGAGUGGCCCCAGGAGCGCCUGGCGUCCUCCACCUUGCAGGACCUGCACCGCAGCCACAGCCAGCAGCACCAGAUGCCCCUGCAGCCCCACCUGAGCCACUCGAGCACGGCCAGCUCGGUGUCGCAGAGCACCGCGGCCUCCGAGCAGCGCCUGCUGAGCAGCCUGACCCCGUCGCACUCCGGGCACUCUCUGGUGCGGACGCAGCCCCUGGGAGGGGAGCUGAAGGCGGAGGAUUCUCCGCGGAAGGGCUCGGAGCAGCCGGCGGGGCACGGGCACCUGCUGCUGUGCGAGGCUUGCGGGCGCUGCCGCUGCCCGCGCUGCACGGCCGCCCGCAGCCUGCCCUCCUGCUGGCUCUGCAACCAGCGCUGCCUCUGCUCCGCAGAGAGCCUCCUCGACUACGGGACCUGCCUCUGCUGCGUCAAGGGGCUCUUCUACCACUGCUCCACCGACGACGAGGACACCUGCGCCGACGACCCCUGCUCCUGCGGGCCGGGCUCCUGCUGCGCCCGCUGGGCUGCCAUGAGCGUCCUGUCCCUCCUCCUGCCCUGCCUCUGCUGCUACUUCCCCACCCUGGGCUGCCUCAAACUUUGCCAGCGGGGUUACGACGGCCUGAAACGCCCCGGCUGCCGCUGCCAGAGCCACACCAACACGGUCUGCAGAAAGAUCUCCUCCGCCAGCGGCACGCCCUUCCCCAAAACGCUGGACAAGCCGGUAUGACCCUCUCGAGGAGGAGAAGCGGGCUUUGCUCCUCUUCCUCCCCCUCCUCUUCUCUGCUCCAUCCCCGCUCUGCUCCGCAGUGCUCCCCCCUCCCCACCAUCACCUUUUGAUUGAGACGGGUGACCCGGGGGUCCCCCGGGAUUUGGGACACCCGGGCUGGUGUCCGGCACCCAGCCGGGGACACCGAGCCCGGGGGACACCGAGCCGGGGACACCGAGCCCGGGGGACACCGCUGGUUUUGCACACGCGGGAGAGGGACGGGAGAGGCAGAGCGAGCUGAGGGUGCCCUCCCUGGCUGUGUCCCACAGGGAAAGGUGACCCAGAGGGUCCUCGGGGCUCUGCCCCCACGGCGGGGGUACCUGAGGCCCCUCAGGACUCUGCUCUCCGAAGUUUUGGUCCUUAUCCACGGGGGAGGAGACGGCUCGGUGCGUCCCUGUGCCAGAGCCCCUCGGGAGCCAGACCUCCUCCUCCCACUCUUCCUCCCUCUCCAGCACUUUCCGUGGUUGGCCUUUCUCCCCUCAGCUGGCCACAGGUCCCUUUUCCCGAGGGGCUGGGCUGCCAAGGGGUCUCCUCCAGGCUUGGAAGCCGCUGGGAGAAGCGAGCGAGCUCCAAAAUGAGGUGGCACCGUGUUUUUCUGUCUCAAAGAGGAAGAGAAGGUGUGGGAAGCUUCAGAAACCUUCUGGCAGGGGGAAGGAGCUAUCGGAGGCAGCCCAGCCCACUCGCUCCUGCCCGACUGCAACGAGGGAAAGGUCCCCUCUGGGAUUUGGCUGAGAACAAGGAGCUGCUUGGAAAUUGCCAUUCAUUUCUCCAGGCCUUGGAGGGCUGCCUGAGGUGGGAGCUGCCGCCUGGCUCCGUCUCACCAGCCAGCAGAUGCCACAGGCACCGGCUCCGUGCUCGAUCCCCGAUCUGGUACCUUCCACCAGCACUGAAUUCACUUUAAAAAAACACGGCAAGGCCAACUGUGAGCAGGCACCGCUCCGGGGACUCCCCAACGGGGGCUUCUGUCACCCUGCCUUGGGCUGGAGGACACGGGGAGCAGGAGGGGGUGUCGAAGCUGGGGACCCCCACCUUCCCUCCCUGCCACGGUUCCUCUGAGGCCUCUCCUCGCUGAGGGGUUCUGGAGCCUCGGGACCGGGGCUGGAGGCGGCGCUUGGGCCGGGCUCUCCGCGGAGCAGACGAUCCGGGUCAGCGCUCCGCCUGGCCUCACUGGGAUGAUGAUGAUGAUGAUGAUAACCCCGGCUGGGGGUCUCCUGCUGCUCCUGGGCUCAGCCCCAUCUCUGGGUACUGCCAGCUCCUGCCUGGGACCCCGCUGGCAUCACUUGGGGGAGUUUGGAGUGGGGAUGGAGUCCUGGAGCCGGCCUGUCCCCCUUACCAGGAGUGUGAGCACAGAGAGGAGGGAAAGGUGUCCCUGGAGGAAUAUAUGCAACACAUAUAUUCAUCUAUUGAAUAUAUGCAACACAUCCCUUGGCUUCUCCCAGCCCCAGCUCCCAGGGCCCGUCCGUCGCCUCCUCCCAGCUGCCUCCUUCCGUAGAGUUCUGUGGAUCUAUUUUUGUAGAUAUAAAUAUAACUUUAGGAUGGGUAGGUCUAUUACUAAUAAUAAUCAUGAUACUGCUGUGAACGGUGCCAGGUACAAGGUUUGGCUUCCUGGUGCACUUGCACAUGCUGGAAAAGGUGAUUUCCCAGUCAGUUUGUUGCUAAUCCCAGACCCUUGUUCCCAGGUUGUUGGGAGAGGGGAAAGGGGGGGGUAGGGAUUGUCUGGGGGUCUGCUUUGCAGGGAGGGGGGGAUUCAGCGCUGGCUGGGAGGUGAGGAAGAAGUGGAAUCUCACUGUGGAACUCCUCUUUCCAUCCAUUCGCUUUCUAAAAACCGUGGUGGAUCCAAGCUCCUUCUGUUGCGGGGAGAAGUGGUUCCAGGCAGUGAUUCAUCCCGCCUGGAAGCAUUAUUCAUUAAAUCCUGUGCUGGCUGUGCCCGGCUCCCCUGACUCAAAUGGCACCCAAACAUUGAUCUCGAGGUUCUGUGGGGAAGGAGGGGAUGAAUCCCACCCCUGCUGGGAGGUUUGUGCUGGAGAAUGUUGUGGACAUGAGUGAAAUCCUCUCCCUGAUUUCACCCAGAGCCUGGGGAAAGAUCUGUGGGUGUCUCCGGACGAUGCAGAGGGAUCUGCUGGCAUUAGGAAAGGACAGAGCCCCAUCUGUGCAUGCUCCAUCCCCGAGGCCAGCCUGGACCCUGGAAUCAUUUGGAUUUUAAAGCCAUGACUUUCUCAGAGGAUGCCCUGUGAACCCCUCUAAGAUCAUUCCUGUGGCAGCAAAUACAAAAUGCAUUGCAAACACAUUUAUCCUUAUGCCAAUAAUUGCUCUGCUCCCUGCUCCCAGGUGAGGCUGUGGGGAGACACUUCCUCCAGGAGUCUCCUUCCUUUGGAAGGCUCAGUUCACUCUUCUAUUGGUGCUGAUUAAACUCCCUCUUCAUAAAAACCAGAGAGCGUUUUUAGGGAGAAAAGGUCCCUUUUUCCCUGUGGGUUGGAGGAACUGUCUCCCUUGAAUGAGAAUGUGAAACAGUUCAUUGAAACUUUUUAAAGAAAACUAAUGAACAGAAUUUUCCAACUUGCUCUACUUUGAUUUUUUUUUUCUCCUCCUCCUUUUUAAACGGAUCCCACUUGUAAAUUUAGUUACCACCUCUGUAUCUUUGCAAUUCAUUGCUUCCUCUCCUGAUGGUGGAAUGACUCAACAUGUGAAGCUUCAUCAUUUUCACGGCCUCCCGAGUCAUGCGAGCGCGGGGUGACCUCCCCCAGGUGCUGGAGCUGGGGGAUGAGGAGAAGGCUGCCCAUGGAUCAGCUCCCCAGAGCCAGCUCUGUUACCUGCAGGAACUGGGGGAUGAGGAGAAGGCUGCCCAUGGAUCAGCUCCCCAGAGCCAGCUCUGUUACCUGCAGGAACUGGGGGAUGAGGAGAAGGCUGCCCAUGGAUCAGCUCCCCAGAGCCAGCUCUGUUACCUGCAGGACUGGGCUCCACCCAAUGGGCUCUUCCUGGGUCAGUGCAGGAGCUCCUUUCCUACCAGGGAAUGGUGCCACAGCCAGCUGAGGGCUGAGGAGCAGGGCCAGGGCUCUGGAACAUCUCCUCUCCACGAAAUGACAAAUCUGGGAGGCACAUUCCAUCAAAUACCCAGAGUGUAGAAGGGCAGGGAUUUAAAAUCUGCGGACAUGGUUCUGUGCUGGGUGAAUGUUUGGACUCAGUGGUCUUAGAAGGCUUUUCCAGCAGGAAUGAUUCCAUCAUUCUAGGAAGUGGAGAGGAGGAGAGCUCCAGCCGGCACUGAGGGACCAGAGCAGGGCUUUGUUUUCACCGAGGGCAGACACAAAGCCACGUCCAGGACCUGCAGGGGCUGGAGGAGUUCAGCCUCAGGUCUCUGCCCUGCUCGAGGGCCAGGUGCCUUCACCUGGAAUUCCUGCUUCCCGCUCCAGCUGGGGCCCUCAGCACAUCUCUCCUCACUCUCAGCAGGCUGGAGAGCUCAGGAAGCUCCAGGAGCUCCGGUUCACCGAGCUCCUCCAUGGUGGGGAAGGCUGUGGGCAGCCUCAGAUUCUUUCCCAGAGCUUUUCCCAAGCAGAUCCAUCCUGCUCCAUCCCCACCUCUGUUUGCUUUGCCUGUGGAGAGGGCCCCGGUUCUGCCUGGGGCUGGGAGCCCCUUUCCUGCCCCACCCUCCGUGAGUCAGAUCCCAGCUGCUGGGGGUGUUUGGCACUCUGUCCCAGCACUUGGGCUUUCUCUCUGUCCUGACGUGUCUUUUUUUAGUUUUCUUUUGGGAGCGUCACCCUCGGAGCCCUCUGCUCUCCCACAGGGAUGGAGCUGCCUUGUGAGGGAGCGUUCCUGGCUUGUUGUCUUUCCUUUGCCAGGGAAUGUGCAGGGCUGGGGGCAGAUUGAGGCAGGGAAAGAGACUCAGGUGCCAAAGGAGCAGGAGGCAGGAGCUGCUGAGCAGGACCUGAGCUGCCCCUGCUCUGCUCCCCAUCCAGAGCCUCCUUUUCCCACCCAGGAGUCCAAAACUCCAUCCAUGCAAGAACCUCUGAUGGUUUUUGCUUCCUCCAAGGCUUCCCUUGGUCGCUCUCCCCUUUUCCCCCACUGGCAAAUCAGUCCCAGCAUUGGUGGGGAGGGGUCGUGGGACCAGGCUGGAGUGUCCCAUCCAUUCGACCUCCUACUGGAAGGGCCAAAGAGGUCCUUGGGCUGCUGUCCACCCAUCCCUGAGAAACAUCAGUGCCUCAAAGAGCAGGGGGAAACCCUUUGUGACCCCCAGAGUCCCAUAAAAUCCCAUGGAGUUCACCCCUGCCCAUCCUCGGAUGUGACCCCAAAUGGAGGAAGGACAAACAGCAUCGACUGAAAGAUGCCAAAGCCUGGAAUCAGAGACUGGGAAUGGCCCUGGAGUGUGGGAGAGAGGGAUGAGGGGAUCUGCUGAGGGAUUGGCACAGGAUUGGAGCCCUAAACUCCUGUUCCCAGCCCCGCUGCUGUCGCUCUUUCCUGGGAUGUUCCGAGGCUGGAGAAGAGCUGGGAGUGUUCUGGCACUGGAAGGUCAAAUGUUUGUGACAGGGAUGUGAUAAGGGCUGACCCCAGCCCAGAGCUCACUCUUGGUUUUUAACGGGAUCCAGCUCAGCCUUGGCUCCUCCAAGGAGCCCGUGGAGCCCAUGGGAUGCUCACUGAUCCAGGCAGCCCAAACCAACCUGAGCUGGGGCCUCUUGGGCUCAGUUUGCUUUGGGUAUUUCUCUUGGCAGCAGGAGAAAUCUGAUCUGAAAUCUGAAAUCUCUUGCAGACCCUCCUGGAGUCACCCUGGGAGUUGGGAUCUGUUCUCCUGCUCGGGGUGACACUGCAGGAGCAUCCCCUGGGGGCACAGCCCCGGGGUUCCUUGGGGCACUGCAGGCACGAGGGGUUCUGGAUGGAUGGGAAGGGCUCACAGAGCUCCGGGGAAUGUGUGAGGGAGGCUCUGGCUCCCUCUGCUCUGUGCCCAAAGGGCUCCACCACGAACAGGACCAGUCCCUCCCAGCAGAAGGUCCCACAGCUCUGUGCCAAGGACACCCCGAGUCCCAGGCCCGUCCCCACCUCGCCCCUUCCCCCCUUUUCCAUCGGGAUGCUCUCCUGGCAGCGCCUCCGCAUCCUCCUCCUCCUCCCCCAGUGUCCUCAGCACAAAACUCUCCUUGGAAGAUCCCCCUGGGCUCCCCAGGACAGGCCCAGGAUCCCAGGGCUCCCAUCCCGAGUUUCUGGGUACAAACCCUUCUGUACAGCCUCCCUCAGGAUCCCUCCCCAGCUCUCUCCAUUCCAGUUCCUUUCUAUAAGGUAUAAUAUAUGUUUAUAACCUGAUGGCUGGUUUUUUUGACAAUACUCUUGUACCUUCUAAGGGAAAAAAGAAAUUAAAAAAACCAAAGUAUUUAUUUGAAAAGUUUAUUUUAAAGAUAAGAGAAAAAAAAAAAAAAAACAACAACCCAAAACCUAUUUAUUUUACUGCACCCUCUUCUGUUUGGUUUUCUUCUCUUGCAAAGCUGAUAACUGUUACAGAACCACUGCUGAGGUGAAAGAAGUGAUUCUAUGGGUGGCUUCACAAGCCCACUUAGAGCAACUAUUCAAUAAAAAUAUAUAUUAAUUUUGAA